GAGAGUAUUGUCGGGGGCUAUUCUCUCUCCCAGGAACAUGGCGGCGAGUCAGGGAGGUGGUGGUAACAGUGGGGGCGGCGGUGGUGGUGGAGGUGGAAGUAGCGGUGGUUGUGGCGCUGCCGGAGGAGGCGGUGGAGCCGGAGGGGGAGGCGGCGGCGGCGGGACCGUGGUGCUGCCCAUCCCGGUACCGACUCUUUUCGGGCAGCCUUUCCCCAACGGGCCGCAGUGGAACCCGGGGAGCUUGCAGCCUCAACACACCGCGAGGAGCCUGGACCGGGCCCUGGAGGAGGCGGGCAACUCCGGCAUCCUGAGCCUCAGUGGCAGGAAACUCCGAGACUUCCCGGGCAGCGGUUACGACCUGACGGACACCACCCAAGCAGACCUUUCAAGAAAUCGUUUUGCAGAAAUUCCUUCUGAUAUCUGGUUAUUUGCACCUCUUGAAACAUUAAAUUUAUACCAUAAUUGCAUUAAAACCAUUCCUGAAGCCAUUAAAAACCUGCAGAUGUUAACGUACCUUAACAUUAGUCGAAAUCUUUUAUCAACGUUGCCAAAAUACUUAUUUGAUCUUCCUCUUAAAGUUUUGGUCAUCAGUAAUAAUAAACUGGUAUCCAUUCCAGAAGAAAUUGGGAAGUUAAAAGAUUUAAUGGAAUUGGAUAUUAGCUGCAAUGAGAUUCAGGUUCUUCCCCAACAAAUGGGAAAAUUACAUUCACUUAGAGAGCUCAAUAUAAGAAGAAAUAAUCUUCAUGCCUUGCCAGAUGAAUUAGGAGAUCUUCCCUUAGUCAAGCUGGAUUUCUCUUGUAAUAAAGUGACCGAGAUUCCAGUUUGUUACAGGAAGCUGCAUAAUUUACAAGUAAUAAUUUUGGAUAACAAUCCAUUGCAAGUACCACCAGCGCAGAUAUGUUUAAAGGGUAAAGUACACAUAUUUAAAUACUUAAGUAUCCAAGCAUGUUGCAGAAUGGAUAAGAAACCAGAUUCUCUGGAUCUUCCAUCACUGAGUAAAAGAAUGCCCUCCCAGCCUCUUACAGACAGUAUGGAAGAUUUUUAUCCAAAUAAAAAUCCUGGCCCUGACUCUGGAAUUGGAAGUGAUAAUGGAGAGAAACGGUUAUCUGCAACAGAACCAUCAGAUGACGACACAAUCAGCCUUCACUCUCAAGUCUCAGAAUCAAAUAGAGAGCAGACAUCAAGAAACGAUAGUCACUCCGUUGGAAGUAAACCUGAUUCUCAGAAAGACCAGGAGGUGUAUGAUUUUAUUGACCACAACACAGAAGAUGUAGCAGUUCCCGAACAAGGAGAUGCACAUAUUGGAUCCUUUGUCUCUUUCCUUAAGGGAAAAGAAAAAGGUCCUGAAAAAUCUCAGAAAAAUGAAGAAUUAGGAGAUGAGAAAAGACUUGGAAAAGAACUUGCAGAGGAAGAAGAUGAUGAUUUGAAGGAAGUAACUGAUUUGAAGAAAGUAGCCGCUCAGUUACUGCAUCAAGAGCAAAAGAACAGGAUUCUUAAUCAUUCAACUUCUGUUACAAGAAACAAGACAAAAGAAAAUGUGGAAUGCGAAAAGAGUGUCUCAGCAGAUGAAGUUAAUUCACCAUUAUCACCACUCACAUGGCAGCCCUUAGAAAAUCAGAAAGAUCAAACAGAUGAACAACCGUGGCCAGAAUCUCAACCUAUAAUCUGGCAGAGUGAAGAAAGGAGGCGGAGCAAACAGAUUAGAAAAGAAUAUUUCAAGUAUAAAUCAUCAAGGAAGAGUUCAAGUGGCAAUGAAAAUGAUGAGCAAGACAGUGAUAAUGCUAACAUGUCACCACAAUCUCCAGUAUCAUCUGAGGAAUAUGAUAGAACUGAUGGUUUUUCACAUGGUCCUUUUGGCUUGAAGCCAAGAUCAGCUUUUAGCCGCUCAUCUCGCCAAGAAUAUGGGGCAGCAGAUCCUGGAUUUACAAUGAGAAGAAAGAUGGAACAUUUACGGGAAGAAAGAGAGCAAAUACGACAACUUCGCAAUAAUCUCGAAUCCAAGUUGAAAGUAAUUUUGCCUGAUGACAUUGGAGCUGCACUGAUGGAUGGGGUUGUUCUUUGCCAUUUAGCCAAUCAUAUAAGGCCACGCUCUGUAGCUAGUAUUCAUGUGCCAUCACCAGCUGUGCCUAAACUGAGCAUGGCAAAAUGUCGAAGAAAUGUAGAAAAUUUUCUUGAUGCUUGUAAAAAGUUGGGUGUUUCACAGGAAAGACUCUGUUUGCCUCAUCAUAUUUUGGAAGAAAGAGGUCUUGUGAAAGUUGGUGUCACAGUUCAGGCUCUUCUUGAAUUACCUACAACCAAGGCAUCUCAGCUUUCUAUGGCUUAAUAUAACAUUUAAAAGUCAUAAGUGUAUAAUUUCAUUUAUUUGAAGUUAUUUCAAAUAUCUCAAAUUCAUGAAUAAGACUGUCUAAUUAAAAAUUUAUUAGAUCAAGCCUUAGUUUAAAAAAUUUUGUUAAAUUAAAAAAUCAAAUUGAUGCUAAAUUUAAAAUAUGAUUUCAAUUUAACAAUUCCAUUAGGUUUACUUUUUUAAUGUAGCAUACAUACCAGUUAACGUCUGGAUAAGGUAAUCUUUUUUUUUUUUUUUUUUUUUUACCAAUUUAAGCAAUUCUACAUUUGAGUUAUUUAAUACACUUCUAAUUCUAGUUUAUAUACAAUUUCUUUAAUCUUUGGUCUUAGUUUUCUAGAAAAAAAUGAGUAGAGAAUACAGAAUUACGACUUUAUAUUAAAUUCUUUUAGUAUUAUAGGUUGUUGCCAAAAUAUUUUCAGUUGUACUGUAGAUUGUUUACAUGUGAAGUGCCUGUGUAAUUGAUGACUCUUUUAUAGUCUUAAACAUUUUUGCAAUUUCUUUUUAUGUAUUAAUGGAAUCAGUGAAACUUUAAAAUAUUUUAGUAGAUUUUGUAGUGUCAGUAAUAUGUGAGGAUUUAAAUGUGCCUCACAUUGUGAUAUUUGUGUUUUUAAUUUAGUCCAUUGCAAUUUUCCUUAAAUUGGUUAUUUCAUGUUGUCAAAAAGCAAUAUUAAUAUGCUUAAUUUAUGCUAUUUAAUUUUGCAAAACUUAAUCAUCUUUUAAAAUCUAUUGUUUGAAGAGUAUUUUAUUUCUGUAUUGAAAAUGUUACACAAAGCAGUAAGCUUUUUGAGAACUAGCAAAGUACUAAUUAUCAAGUACAUUUUUAUAAAACUGCCAAAGUUUGGGUUUAUAUCUUGACUUUUAAGAACAUUACAUCAGUGUGCUGCUUUUAGUUAUAUUCAGAUCCAGAGAGCAACAAUUGAGGAAUAGGUUUAUAUUCAAAAUCUGGCCAUAUGUGGAGCCUCUAAAUGUUAUGAUCCUCAACUAACAUGAUGUUGAAUUAAACACAGACCAUUCCAUGAAUAUUUUCAUAAGUGUACUGUUACAUAAAGUCUUUGUUUAAUUUUGAGUUGGAUAAAUUUACUUUGGUAGUAGUGCAGGAAUUUUUCAAAAACAUUACUGUGAUGAAUAACUGUUUCCUAUAGAAGAACCUUAGUCUAAUUACUUUUAUAGUAGCCAAGCAAGUAUCAUAUCUUAAAUAUGUGAUUAUUUGCACUUGUUACCUCCUAAAAUGUAUGCAACUUAUUAAAAAUGUUGGCCUGGGUGUUUCAGAGGGUAUAUAGAAAAGACAAAAACUAUUGUGCCAAAUGGUUUAAUAAGGGCUGAUUUAUAAACAACUCUAAUAUUUUGAAUCAGUUGGCAUGAAGCCAUAUAAUUAAAAUUUAGCUUUAGCACAUAGAUGUGUUUUUUUUACAUUCCCCAAGUGUCAAAUUGAAGCGUUUAAAUAAUUUAAAGGUUCCUAUGACUAUAUGGUUUAAAAUUAAAUUAGUUAUUACUUUCAGUUGGAUCUAAAAAAAAAAAACCUUCAUUGACAUAAUCUCCUAGUGAAAAUUUGAGUAAUAAAGGUAAAAAAUGACAAAUGAGUGCUUCAGUUGUUAGUUUCUAUUGUAUAAAUUUGAUAAUGCUACAAAUAAAAUGACCAUUAAAAGCUAAAACAGUUAUUCGUACUGCUUUCAUAGUUAUGCUAUAGGAUUCUUCUUAUUAAGCAAUCUAGAUUUUAAUUGUUUUAUAAGUAUUUUCCUGUUUCAUUGUCAUUGAAAUAUUAGUGAAAUUAUAGGCCAUGUCCUUAUUGCAUUUCACUUACGUGUCAAUUAAUUUUUGCUUUAAAGAGAAACUACCCUAGAACCCCAUUGUAGCAUUUUUUACUACAGAGCAAAAUUCUACCUUGAAUGGGUCCAUCUGAAGUCCAUUCCAUGGAAUUUUAUUUUACUAUAGUGCCAAAAGGCAGCACCACCUCUAAGGCAGUUUCACAGCCUAGUACCCAAGGACACAUUGUAUCAAGGCUUUGAUGUAUUUUUUUUUUAGUAGCUUUUUGAAUAAUUGUAAAUUUUUUAUGGUCAUUAUAUAUUUACUUCAUCAGUUUUGAAUUGAGAAUGAUUAUCAUUAUUUGAAUUGGAUAUGUGAUUUGAAGAGGAUUAAAUAAUCAAACAAAUAUUUUAUUAGGCCCUAAAAAUGCAGUACAUAGCUACUUCUGCUAAAUUUUAUUACUGUAUGGCACAAGAAAGAAGUGAUGUUGGAUAAGUUAGAAUUGAAAUAAAGAGUGAAAAUGCAUUACCAUUUGUUUAAUAGUUAUCUUUACAGAAUACUAGUUUAUUGACUUUUCUAACAGAAUUUUUUGAAGAAUUCAGAAAUGUUUGUAUUGGUCACAGAUCUAUCAUGAUUGAUUUUUUUCUGAUGCAUUUAAAGUAAAUGGAACCCUAAAUGUAUAAUACCGAUGCAAACUGUGGAUAAAUAAAGUUGAAUGAAAAAAUUCA